AUGGAUUACAAUGGCGUCAACAACUAUCACAACCGGCCCCUCGAUGAAUCUCUAAUCCGCGAACUUCCCCAACUCCAAAAUCUCCGCAUUGCUCCUUUGCGUCAUCCGGUUUCCUCUCGUGCUCUGAGUGUUCCAUCGCCGCUCGAGCCAAAUGCCAGCGGAGUCUGUGAAUCCAAAGCCAGCUCGGCUGCUGUCAGCAGCGGCAGCGCCGGCAGUUAUACCAAUCUACCCACCGUGACGGAGCUCUCGAACAACACACAAACAAAGAAGAACGAUGAUUCUAUGUUGAAUUUGGAACCACCUCCAAAACCAAUCCUCCCCGCGUUUGUGAACCUGCGCGCUUUGGAGCGUUUCCCGUAUUCCUCGUUCGACGAAGACUUUCACUUGAUCCGCAAGCGCCGUCGUUUGGAUGUCCACCCAGAUGCUUUUGGAGAACACCUCCAGCUGCCCAUUCCGCAGCAGCAAAAAGAACAGCGACCCCCACCGUUUGGGCCGUUUGCUAUUCUUAACGGAUUGAAUGAACCACCGCCAAACGCUGCUCUCCUUCCUCCUAUUGAGGCGGGUUCAAUUACACACCUUCUGAGCAAGCCUACGAAAGAAGAUGCUGUGGUAGAGCCUACCCUACUGACGACUAAUAAUGCCACAGAUAGCCAUACCAGUGAGAGAAGGGAAGGGAAAAUCGAGGAGAUCUUGGCGUCGCCUGUUGAUAGCAAAGCAGGACAUGUUGAUCGGAACAACGUAGAGGAGUCUUUCACAGACAGAGUGAGGACUAGCAAAACUGGUAGUGAACAAACCAAUGAUACUAGCCCCAACAAGGGAGCCCCGCCUCCUGCGGAGAAGUCUCCGGAGCCUCCAUCGCCCAAAACGCGUGGUCGCUCGCGCAAAAACCUGCGCAAAUGGACGGAAGAGGAGACAACAGAUCUUCUCCGUGGCGUUAUCAAAUGCGGAAUCGGUAAUUGGACAGCAAUCCUGGCCCAGUCGGAGUUCAGGUUCAACAAACGGAGUGCUUCAAAUCUGAAAGACAGGUUUCGCGUUUGUUGUCCAUGGGCAUAUCGGGCUGCCGAUCCGAAUGAAGCUACAAGGCAAGUGCGUGAAAAGCUCGCUGAAACUCUUCAGCGGACUGAAACUGAGGGUGAUGGCGCAGCUGUAAAAAUCCACUUGCCGCCUCCUCAACCGAGCAAUUCCGGAAGUGAUUCCAACUGGUCAGAAGUACGCCCAGUACUUCAUACCAACGACUCUUCCUCAUCAGGGUGUUCGUUAACAACAAUAAAAACUGACACCAGCACAUCGGAAGCCGGAUAUUCCUCAUCCAGGACGAUUUCAAACGAAUCCGUAUCCACGCUGGCUUCUCUUGGUGUCACAGAGCCUCAUUACACUGUAAAGCCCAGGCGUCGCGCCCGCCGUCCAUUUACAUCUGCUGAGGAUGAGGCGCUAGUGAAAGGAUAUGCCGUGCAUGGAUUUCAAUGGACGCUUAUCCAACAAGACAAACGGCUGAACCUAGGUCAUCGUAGGGCGACAGACUUACGAGAUCGAUUCAGGACUAAAUUUCCUCAUGCCUACCGUGAAGGAGGCUCUAUCAGCGGAAAUUCUUUGCAAUCUGAAGCCCAAAAUCCGCCCCCCACAGAUGAGACUAGUCAGGUGACUGGUACAAAGCGAAGCAGGAGGGCUGAGAGGCGUCCUGCAUCUGCUCAUCAUGGCAAGGCUGAUAAUGCUCACCAUACAGUUUCAGCCAUGCCAGGGCCUUCAGGUUCUGCAUUUCCUCAUCACGUUCCUGCUCCGCAGGGGCUUUCAGAGAAUUCGACGGUUGGUGUACCUCCAGCAGGUCCGUCAUUUCCGUUCCACUUGGAUAGCAAUUCUACAGCUAUUUCAAAUGCUGAAGCUCCCUGGACGGAUAGUACGCUGGCACCAAUGGUUUGGGAUGAGAUUCCAUAG